CAAGGUAGUGUAGCUAGCGGCACAGUACGGUAGGAGGCAGAACACGAUAGACACUACCACAACUUUGAACUUUUGGCUAUUCGGCAAAGAAAAAACAUCGAGACUUACGAUGCGUGGUACCGAGUGGAACCCACAUGCUCGAGACGAAGAGGACGACGAGGAUUUCGCAAGGCCUAUGCUGGCCCCAGGAACUGAGGUCCUACUCACACCUGGGAUGCCUUCCGACACCAUCCUCCCAAGUACUGGGGAUACUGAACAGCCAACGUCCUCCCGAACUCUGUCUGGACAACAAAGUGUUACAUCAGAAGAGAACCAAACGCCGUAUCAUAAUUUCGUGAAUGCCAUAGUGCAAUCGAAGCUACUUUUGAGUAUCUGCAUCGUGCUGAUGAACUCGUUGACGAUUGGCCUCUCCUUGUAUGCCAUGCAAAAUUCGGUCAAACGCUCCUUUGUUGGGGCAGGACAAGACUAUUCGAGCUUUACCUAUACGUCGGCGCCCGUGGAUACCCCUCGACCUGCUCCCAUAGACACGACUUCCCCCCCGCCUGCGCCAAUGAGCCAGGAGGAAGGAGACGAAACUGAUCCCACGCCAGGAAUCUCAACUGGCGCCCCCGAGGUAGGCAAUGAUGGCACCGUUGGACAAGAGGACGGCGAAAGCAAUGGGCAAGAAGAAGAAGGAGAAUUGACCUGUGACUCUGGUUUGAAGUUGUUCCGGCUUGAACUGAAAACCGAUGUGUUCGGUCACGAAGUUUCUUGGCAUUUAAAGGAUUGCUUUGGUGAGGAAAUACAAUCCAAGAAUGGUCUAGAGGAAUUAUACACAGGCACAGUCAUUGAACAGAUUUGUCUUCAGGACAACAAGGCUUAUGUGUUCACUAUAGAAGAUGCUGGUGGAGAUGGUGUUUGUUGCAGUUAUGGAGACGGGUCCUAUGAAGUUUACUACGGUGGGGAGAUUGUUGGUAGCGGUGGCGACUUUGGUUCCUCUGCAACGAGACCCAUUGGCGGUUCUUGCCCUUAAAACGAUAGAUUGGCUUCUGGAUCCUUGCGUCGACCAGUCGCCAUAUGCCCUCUGGCCUGGAGAACGUAACCCAGAUCGAUGAUGACUCGGGGUGCUUUC